UUGGGUGUAACCAGCUAAAACCAUCCACCUGAACAGGUAUGCUAGCUGACGGCUCCACGUGACGUUGUUGUUCAUCCGCGGAGAUUUAAGGAAGCCGGGAGAUUUUCUUCAACACUUCGGGGAACCAAACCUCAUUCCUCCACUCUUUAGAGGAUCUUCGACCCUCAUGGAUAAGUUAAAAUCGGUUUUGAGCGGUGAGGAGGCGCGGAGAGAGGACAGGACCAUCUUAGAGACUGUGAAUGAAGCCUCCACUCUGAGCUGGGGGACUCGUCUGAAGGGGUUCGUCGCCUGCUUUGUGAUCGGGGCUGCAUGCACAAUAUUGGGAGUGUGUGUGCUCUUCCUCCCCAGGAUCGGGCUCAUCCUCUUCAUCGUUUUUUACACCUUUGGAAACAUCUGUGCUCUCUGCAGCACCAUGUUUCUGAUGGGUCCAAUGAAACAGCUGAAGAGGAUGUGUGACAAAACCAGAGCGCUGGCCACAACCAUCAUGAUUACAUGCCUGGUGUUGACACUCUGUGCAGCUUUCUGGUGGAAGAACUUUGGCCUUGCUCUGUUAUUCGUCAUCCUGCAGGUCUUAUCCUUCACCUGGUACAGCCUGUCAUACAUCCCGUGUGUGAGGGAGGCAAUCCUGAAGCUGGUGGCAAUCGGUCUGAAGUGAGCUGCAUGUCUGUGAUGAAAACGACUCCGUCUGGAUGAAGAAGCAGAGACAGGCUGGACUCUCCCACCUGAAACAGCAGAGAUCACAGAUUAUUGAUCAUUAUGUCCAUGUUGAUUUUGAUGCAUGCAUUUUUAACUCAAAGUUUGGCUGAUUGUGUUUACCAGGUUUAAUGAGUGUAGACUUGUGUUGUAAUAUUUGUAUAUAAUUAUAAAUAAAUGGAAAUUUUACUUGUUUUAUAAAU